UUUUGAAAUUGUUGAGUAAUGAUGUUAAAUUUAAGGGACAAAAAAUUUUCUCUCCUCCUUUGUUACUAGAAAAUUCCGCCUCCUUAAUUACUGAUAAAAGCGGAAGCGUUUAAGCUAACGAGCACCGAAUGCGGACUCAUAUUCAGUCUGCAGUAUUGCUGGCGAAGAAAAAAGGCGAUUGAAUAAAAACACCACCCACACUGUACCAUGGCAGGCAUCCGAGUGGUCUCCACAACUACAAUCCAAGCACGAAGUCAAAUUAAUAAUGGUGAUUCGCUUAAAGAAAUCGAGCUCAAUCCCUGGGAUCUUCAGUUUCUGCUAAGUGAAUAUGGCCAAAAAGCUGUUCUUUUCCACCAACCAACCUUAUCUUCUUCUUCUUACAUAAGGAAAACGAUCCAGCACCUUAAGGACUCUCUUUCUUCCUCCCUCGACUUCUACCCGCCCCUUGCCGGCCGUUUUGUUAUCGCCCAUCACGGCGGCGAUGAUGAUACCUUCUCUGUCUCAGUCACUUGCAACAACGCCGGAGCAAGUUUUGUUCAUGCUAUUGCUGAGAACAUCACAAUUGCAGAUAUUAUUGAAUCGCCUUAUGUUCCGCCAUUUGUCCACUCCUUCUUCCCGCUGUACAGAUCCAAGAACAUCGAAGGAAGUCGGAUCCCGUUAUUGGCCGUCCAAGUUACUGAGCUCGUCGACGGCAUCUUCAUGGCUUGUUCGAUUAACCAUUGUCUUGCUGAUGUAAAGCCCUUCUGGGAUUUCUUGAACACAUGGGCUAACAUCUCCCGACAUGGUUUAAACCACAUAGAGUCCAAUUCGAAGCUGGCUUCAUUCAAGCGAUGGUUUCCCCAAGGUAAAAUAGCUCGCCCUGUACGAAUCCCAUUAAGAGAAAUCAUGGAGAGUGAUGGUAAACUUAAGGGAUCCAUUGGUUCGCAUCAGGCUUUUCCAUUCUCUCAAAGGAUCUUCCACUUUAAAAGUAAAAAAAUCGUUGAAUUAACAGAAAAAGCUAACUUAGAGGUAGCAGAUGGCCACAUCAGCCACAAAAUCUCCUCCUUGCAAGCUCUUACCAGCCACGUUUGGAGAUCUAUGAUCAAAAACCAGCAUCUUGAUCCAGAAGAAGUGGUUACUUACAGAUUCUUCGUAGCUGCUGGACCCAGAAUUUCUGAUCCACCAAUACCUAGAAACUAUUUUGGACCCACUGUUCAACAUGCCUUUUUGACGAUGAAAGUAAGAGACUUGGUGGGAGAUAGAGGGCUUGGCAAGUUUGCUUUGGAGAUGAACAGGGUGAUAUCCUCGUUCACAGAGGAAAAUAUCAAGAAGGACUUCGAAGCAUGGGCUAGAAAUCCCACGAUGCCAUUACAGAGUGGCCCAAUCGGGAAGUUUAUGGGAACUAGCAGUUCUCCAAGGACCAACUUUUACGCCAUUGAUUUUGGGUGGGGAAGACCGGUGGCAGUUCAUAGCUGCCUUCCUAGUCCAAAGAAUUGGAAGCUAGUGGUUGAUGCCGGAGCAGAAGAAGAUAGUUUAGAAAUUGAGGUGUAUGCUUCCUUUGAGAUGCUUGAAGCUCUAGCAAGUGACACUGAAUUCAUGCGCGCGGUGUCUCCGAGGCCGGUGCCGGCGCCGGCGGGAGGGAUAUCCAGUAAACUAGCACAAGCUCGAUUGUGACACAAUGAACGAGAGCUUGCUCUGAUGCUUUAUAUAUAUGUCGUUCUUUUUACAAGCAUCUUUUAUGUUACAUAGUUGCAUUACAAGUUUGCACCUUAAAUUAAACAGCAAAGUGAUCUCAAAAUGAACGGUGGAGCUAGAGAAAUAAGCAGUCGCCGUGGGCAACACGGAUAUGAAGGCAAGUGACUUGGAUUCUGUGACAUUUUCAUGAGGGUAAUCUGGUGGACAGCAAUGACAGAUUCCAAAAUCGUCCUCCAAAAUUGGCACAGCAUCAAAUAAAGGCAUUCUACGAUGUUUCUUCAA